AUGAACUCCAACGCCACGAGUACCCACAUCACGGACACUGAGACAUCGGCAUCCAGCGCUCCGUCUCAAGGACCUUCAUCACUCCCUACAGGCGAAAGUACAUCCAGUACCCCUGCUCCACAAUCGAACAAGGCGACCGGACAAUCUUCGAAGGAGCGAUUCACAAAGCAGGACAUUGAAACUAUUUUGACGUUUCUGGAACACCCUCCCAACUUCGUGUCGGUUUUCGGCAGCGGAGGCCAAACAACCAUCGGCAAACCCAACAAACCAUCAAAUCAAGGAUAUACCACCUUGGCUCAAGUCGUGUCCAGACAGAGCAAGGGCAGGCUUAACUUGAAUGCAAAGUCAAUGCGUGAGCGACUCGCCCGUCAUCGGAAGACCUUCGCCACCGUCAAGGAGAAGUCGCAAGAGACUGGCUUCGGUGUCACGGACGAGGACCAACAGAAGGGGAUCUAUACAAUUGGUCACAAGCUGGAGAGUAUAUGCACCUGUUAUGAUAGGAUGGACGCACUCUUUGGCAGUCGGCCUAAUGUCACUCCACUUGGCAUUUUUUCCUCGGUCAUCCCAGUUGCUCAGGAGCAGGAUAGUAGCCAGCAACCCACCACGGGUCCUCGGCGUCGGCGUCGUUUGCUGGAGGAUGAGGAUGAGGAUGAGGAUGAGGAUGAGGGUGGGGACGAUGACGAACCUCGAGAUCUUGUAAAGGAUGUUGGCGGCGAACCAUUCGGCAAUUACACCCAGACCCAGGAUAAUAUCGACAACCCUGAUCCCUUCAACAAUACCUUUGACGACAGCUUUAACGAUAUUGAUUACAACCUCAACAAUUUUGAUACGGGACUCGACACUGCUGAGACAACAAACCUCGAAGACGACCGGAACAACAUCGACAGCGUUCUUGAGGGCGAUGACAUAAGCGUGCUCUCCAUUUCAUCGACACAAGUCCUGCGGCGCCAUCAAAAACGACCUCAUACGGAUACAGAGUCACAAGCGUCCAACAAACGCACUCGCACAACAGACCGACGUAAAAAGCAACCAACGCUGGACCCGCCCUCUUCUCCCGAGGUUUCAAGGCGAUCAUUCCUUUCCUCGUUCGAACAGGCCACUACCAAGAAAGCCAAUGAAACCAAAAGGCUUGAAUUGGAAGAGAACAAACUCGAGUGGGAGAAGAGCCGAGAGUCACGGAAAUUGGACCUGGAGGAGCAGCGAGAGUCAAGGAAGUUGGAACUGGAGGAACAAAAAAUGGAGCGGGAGUCACGAAAAUUGGAACUGGAGCAGCAAAAAAUCGACCAAGAGUCCAAGCGAUGGAAGUCAGAGAUGGAGACAAGAGUUACCGUACAGACAUUGCAGGUGAUCCAGGCAGGACUGGAGAAAGGCGUGUCUGUAGAGCAGAUCCAAGCCAUGCUCAAAACCGUUAUUCCCCGAUGA